AAGGUAGAAGAAUACGAACGGCAGUACCAGCCGGACAGUUCGACGCCAACGACGUGGGUACAGUCCAAAUGUAAGGAACAGGAGAAGCCGUGGAGCUCCAGCGAAACUCGGACGGCGACCAACCAGCUCGGCGGCAUCUACGCUAACGGAAGACCCCUGCCGGCAACACUGAGGCGCAAAAUAGUCGAGAUGGCCAUUAGCGGAGUCAAGCCAUGUCGGAUCUCCAAGGAGUUGCGCGUGUCCCACGGAUGUGUCUCGAAAAUUCUGUCCAAAUGGCGAGAGACAGGCUCGAUCAACCCCGGCAAAAUCGGCGGAUCCAAGCCGAAGAAGUCACUGCCCGAGGUCAUUGCAGCUAUCAACAUCUACAAACGUCGACGUCCGUCCAUGUUCUCAUGGGAAAUUCGCGAAAGGCUACUCGCCGACGGCAUCUGCAACGAAUACAACGUUCCCAGUAUAUCGUCCAUUAAUCGGUAA